GAAACUACUGGUCUUGGACCUAUGUUAGAAAAAACUAUAUUUAAGUUAGAUUAAAUAUGGGCAAUGUAUUUUUAUGUAUCAAAAAAUCUUAAUUAGUUGAAUGACAUCGUGUAGAUAAACAAAACAUAACAAAUAAGUAGAUAUUAGAAAGAAAGAAAAAAGUUUAUUAAAAAAUUUAUCUACUUUCUAAGCGACAACAAAUAAGUGAUUGUGUCACACACUCCAAUCUGGUGUAAAACCUGGCUCAGUUUGGAAAGCAUGCAAACUGAUUUCACAUAAUCAUGAGAAGAAGAAUGGAUCCCGAAAUCCGCAGAAGCCUGGAAGGUUUAAGUCCUGUAACAAAUAUCGAAUUGGAUGGAAAAGAAGUUACUUGUAGAGUUGACGAGUUGAAACAGUUAUCUGUGCUUGGAAAUGGAAGCUUUGGAGUUGUUUUUGAGAUGCAGCAUGUACCAACCCAAAAGAUUAUGGCUGUCAAGAAAAUAAAAUUCGUUACUUCUGACAAAGAUAAAAUGAAACGUUUAGUACGAGAUUUGGAGAUUUCAAAGAAAGUUGAUAGUGAAUAUACUGUGAGAUGUUUAGGAACACUUUUCAGUGAGGGAGAUGUCUGGAUACUUAUGGAAAAAAAGGAUCUGUGCUUGGAGCAAUUUUAUCAGUAUGUUAUCAAUUCCACUGAUAUUCCUGAAGCAUUUUUGGCUAAAACAACUUUAAUUGUUGUAAAAGCUUUGCAAUAUCUGAGAAAAGAAUUAAAAAUAAUGCACAAAGAUGUUAAACCAUCAAACAUAUUACUUGAAAAGAACGGAGGAGUUUGUGUAUGUGACUUUGGUGUUAGUGGACCUCUGGAUGAUUCAUUUGCCAAGUCAAUGAAUGCUGGAUGUAAAGCUUACAUGGCUCCUGAAUUGAUUGAUCCUGAUCUAUCACCUGUACAAAAUGAUGUCCGGUCAGAUGUCUGGAGUUUAGGAAUAACGCUGAUUGAAGUAGGAAAUGGAAAAUAUCCAUACACAAUUACUUCAAAUCCCUUUGAUUUUGUGAAAGAGAUUGUUGAAGGAGAUCCACCGAAAUUAACUCCUGGCAAAUACUCAAAGAAUUUUGAAAUGUUUACUGCAUUCUGUUUGACAAAAGAAGUUGAAAAGCGACCCAAAUAUGAAGGUCUUCUUGAUCACAUAUUUUUACAAAAUGCUGAAAAGGACGACUUCAAUAUGAGUGAAUAUUUAUCACCACUUAUUGAAAAGUACCUAUUGAAGACAUAGCAUAUACAUCUACAGUUUUUAAGAUUACUGCCAAGAGUAUUAUCUAGAUUAUCAAAUGCAAACUGGUAAUGUUCCUGGAUAUGCACUAUAUCCAACAUUACUUGACUUGCCUCUGACUUUCUUCCACCUUAAAUAUUUCUGUUUGAUAGACACAUGAUGAGAAACGACACUAAUACAUACUAAUGAUAAAAGUUCUGCUGGUUUCUCUCAUUUUAUACUCAUCAUUUUUUACAACAUUUCCAUUCUGAUUUCCACAUGUAACCCAUCUGAAGCUUCCACUGAAAUAGGCUCUCACUGUUGCAUUCAAAUUUUUUUAUCAAAGUUUCACAGUAACACUUUCAUGUUUCAUUAUUUUCAAUGUUACUUAGGCAGUGAGUGAGUUGACAGAAUUGCUAGCACAUGAGACAAAACUCUUUAGCAACAUUUUUUUCUGGUUUUAUGUUCUGAGUUCAAAUGUUAUGAAUCGUUUUGGCUUCCAUCCUUUUGGGAUUGAUGAAAUAAAUGCCAUUUGAGCAUUGGGGUCAAUGUAACUGACUAGCCCCCUUUCUUGAAAUUUCAGGCAUUGUGCCUAUUGUAGAAAGGAUUAUUAUUAAUGUUACUGACAGUACAAUGCUCUUCCAUGUCAGUCUAAUUUGUCUUAUAGUUCAAAAUACUUUGAAAGCAUUUCAUUCAUUUCCUUGACAUAUAACACUAAAAUACCUCCUCCUCUCUGCCUGUCUUUUACCUAGCUGUACCUGACUUUUAACUUCUGGACAUUGUUCCUCUGCAUAUUAGCUAUUAGCUGAACUAUUGCUUCCCUGUGUUGCUCUAUUUGACCAGCCUCUGCUGUAACUAUAAAAUCCCAUAAGAAAUUUGAUUGCACAAAGUAUAAUGUGAUUAUCUGAAAUGAUAUAUAAUUAAUCCUGGAAAGUAAUAAAAUGAAUUAAACAUUUCACAAUGGGAGGUCAUGAUGUUGAAUGUGCUACAUGCUUCCCAAUCAUUGCUAUAUAAAGCUACUCAUGUGACACUUUGUGUGUAGCUGUAUACAGCUGAAAGGCUCUUCUCAUUUUUCUCAAAAAAAUUUUACUGGAUAAACACUUCCCAGUUUACCUGUGUUAGAUGUAAUGUAAUUUGAAAUUGAAAUUGCAGAACUUUUAGAGGCUAAUCCCAAUUAUGCUUAUUUUAGGGUGUGGAAGAUGUUGUUCCUACAAUAGAUUUAGCUCCUUGCUACCUCCUAAAAUAGGUUAAUGACUUGCAGUAAGUGAUACUUAGAGAAUAGUUUGCUAUCCUCCAUAGUACAGCAGUUCUCUGUUUCUGACUUUGUAUUCAAAUAAGCAAUAUUUGAUUGCACUGUGUGGAAGUUGACUCUCCCUGUCAUAUGCCUAUUUUCUUGUCAUAAUGGUUUUCAGUCUGAACUGACUAUUCUUUAACCUAUGCUAGGGAACAAAAGAUACACUCCUUACAAUGGAUAAUAUACAUUGCGUUAAUAAUUGUUUGGCUAUCUCUCUGAUUCUUGGUUCCACCUGACUAAUGACUCAGAAGAUGGUUGGCUAGUUGACUGACUCCAAGUUAUUACAUAAACAAGACCACCAAACAUUUAGCAUAUGACAAAAUCUUAUAACAGAUUAUGCACAUGCACACUUUACGUAUAUAUAUAUAUAUAUAUAUAUAUAUAUAUAUAUAUAUAUAUAUACACACACACAUAUGAUGGCUGUUGACUCAUAAAACAAUUAAGACCAUGGCUGACUAAAUAUAGCACUGCAUAACAUAUUGUGAAAACGACAAUGGUUCUUGAAUCCUGCUAGCAACUUACAGAACUUGUUGCAGAUUUGACAUUCAUACAAAUUCUUCUGACUUUUUAAUUGUUCUGGAUCAUUCUGGCGAUUUUUUUCAGUGCACCCUCAUAUGCCUGAAUACUCUGAGUGAUUUAUAUACAUGUUUUCGGGAAAAUAGUGCAUGUGAGGUUGGCCCCAGCAAGAAAAUCAUUGUAGUUUGUUACAGGUCUUUCUCUGUGGCUUCUCUGGUGACUCACUAGGCCUGUGCAAAACAAACAUAUGCGGCCAUAGACUUCAGACUUGAUGAGGAACUGUAGGGUCAAUGGAAUUGUCAUUUCAUUCUGAUCUCAUUAAGCGUGCCCACUUGUUUGCAUUUCACUGGAAUAUGCUCACUUCAUCUUAGACUCUUUGCUUCCAGGUUUUCCUAUCAUGUGAUAUGUCUUCCCAUACCUGUUCAGAAAUCUCUCGGAUUCCAAGCAAUUAUUUUAUAUUGUCCUUAAAUUGCUUUCUUGGCCUAUGUUGUGGUUGAGUACCUUGUGACAGUUUGCCAUACAUUUGCUUGAGAAUUCUACUGUCAUGAAGAUGCACAACAUGACCAACCCAACACAUAUGGUGACAGUGAAUGUUGGCCUCAAUACUCACUGCAUUGGCUAAAACCUCUGUGUCAAGGGUAUGUGUCAUCCAGUGGAUGCCCAAGAUAUUUCUCAAACAUUGCUGAUGAUAACACUCAAGUGUUUUUAGGUGUGGCAGUACACUACCCAUGUUUAACACAAAAAUAUGCAUGUGUUGUAGACUGCCAGCUUCUCUGGGACCAGACACAACUCUUCAGAGGAGCAAAGGCAUCAGUGUCCCUUUUACAUUCAUGCAGUGAUCUCAUCGUCCAUAGAGAAGCAACUGUUGGUAAUGCUGCCCAGGUAUGUAAACUUACCAACCACCUUCAGUUUGUGGCUAUCAACAUAGAUAGCUCUAUAUAUGGCAAUCUAGGUGCAGGUUGGUACAUUACUACAGUUUAGUCAAGGCUGAUGGUGAAAUCAAAGGUCUUGCAGGAGUGUGAAAAUCUAUCCAUCAAGUUUUGCAUCAUCUCUGCACUGUGUGGCUCAAGAUACAAUAAUUGGCAUAUAAGAGGUCAUGUACCAAAGACUGGAGAGUUUUUGUCACAAAAUGCCAAAUGGGCAUAAUGUUCAAUAUUGUAUGUACACACCUUCCUCACAGUCUCUGAAAGCAUGCAGAACUAUAGAGAAGAUUGUGAAUUCUGUUGGGGCAUCAUUUUUAACCUUCUACUAGUGUGGUCAUCUACGCUUCAGAGCAAGUUAGUCUUGUGCUACCUCCACUUGAGCACUUCUGAUUCACUCAUCUUUUCUCCUCUCAACCUGUACUAUUCACCAAUCUCAGUCCUUCAUUCUCAGAAUGUUGCCUCUCUGGGAUUCCCACUCUGUGUGCAUUUUUCCUUCAGCUCUCAACUUGCAAUUAUUCAUAAAGGGUGUUAACAACUUGGAUUUAACUAGUUUUGAGAAGCAGGGGUGUGAGUACCUUAAGCCACUUCACUGCCCAAACCUAUAAAAUAAAAAGGAUCAUUAUUUUAAUCAAAACUUCAAUCAUCCCAUGAAUGAGUUCAUCUCUUGAAGGACAUUUCUCUAGGCAGUAAAUACCACAAGGAAUGUACACUGGUAGACACAAACACUUUUAAGGGACAUCAUUGAGAUAGCUUGACUUGCUAUGAGUAGCAGCCAUAUCACCCUCAAAUCACAUCCUACUAACUUGAAAUAGGUGAGGAUACAUUGAAUAAUGUAUUCCAAGUUGCCUCUAAAGUGGUAGGGUGAGUUGACCCUGUCUGGAAUGCAGUUGAUCAAAGGUCUGUUUCUUUAUCUAGACAUAGACAUCCAUCUUUCUCUUUCACCUUAUGCACACACACACACACACACAUGCAGAGUUUACGUGGUUUCUGUUUGUACCAAGUUUUACUCACAUCAUAUACGUCAAUCUAAAGCUGUAGUAGAAGACACUUUCCAAGGUUCUGCUCAUUGGGACUGAACCUAGAACCAUGUAACUGUGAAGCAAACUGCUUUUCCCCAUAGCCAUGUCAUUUGUGUCCAAAUGUUUCCAAAAUUUCUUAAAACAUUAUUAUACGCUUGAGAUUAAGUGAUAGCAAAUUACUAACUCUUUAGCAUUCAGAUUACUCUGUAAAAUGUAAUGCUUAUUUAUUCAUGUUGUUUUGAAUUAAUCAUCCAUUAUCUCAUAGCUUCACAAUUUUGAUAAUGUGAUUGUUUAUUUUUAGAAUGACAUUUCAGGGUAGGUGUGAGAAACCAGAUCUAUCUGGUUUGAUCAUAAAACCAGUAGAACAUUUAGGCUGGAUAUGGCUGGCUUAAAUGCUAAAGGGUUAAAUAGAAGUAAUUAGUUUUGAAUAAUUGAAUUUGAUUUAUUAAAUGGGAUGGUUAGUUUUAAACAAAUAUAAAAAUCUCUGUGAUUAAAAUCCCACUAUGUUUUCAUUAUUUUUAUCAGAAACUAAAGUAGAUACAAAGACAAAACCUUUCAUAUCUUUAAAGGCUUCAACAUAUUUCAUUUAACAGAAAAUGCAAUUAUGCAGAGUACAUAAUUCAUGGGAGCUGUCUAUUCUAACCUGUACAAGUCCAUGGAUAUUAACCAUCCACUGACAUUAGACAUUACAAACACUAUUUCACUGCAGUUCUAAAAUAACUGCCUUUUAAAUAGUUCCCAGAAAAAAUUUACAGACGUACAUUCCAAAAUAUUUAACAAAUCAAAAUUAUUGCACUUCCAUUGAGUUUAUCUUGCCUCUUAUAAUCCCCACCAAAUCCUCUGGAUAUUCUGUACCAAAUUUGAUAUGUUUAAUCUGAAAUAUUGCAUCUUGUGUAACUGUAAUUUGGUUCAAUACAGAUAAAAACAUGGUAUGUCUGCUGCAAUCAGGAUAUAUAUAGUUCUUCAUUCUUGAUUUGUAAGCUUUGGAUUGAAAGAAAUGAAAUCAACUGUCUAUAUUUAUAAAUAAAAGAAUUUUUUAAUGAAAUUAUGAAAAUAAUAGCUAAUAAAAAUCUUUUGUUUAUGAAAACUAUAAA